GGUAUCAUCAUCACCAACUCCUCGCCCACACAGUUCCUCCAAGCCAAAUUAAAGAGGUGAAGAAGACGAUGAACAAGGCGCUCUGCGUGGCCAUGGCGUUCGCCUUGGCCUCGGUGGCCGCACACGCCCAGCAGUGCGGCGAGCAGGCCGACGGCAUGGAGUGCUCCGAAAACCUGUGCUGCAGCAAGUACGGGUACUGCGGGCUGGGCGCCGACUACUGCGGCAACGGGUGCCAGAGCGGCGCCUGCCACGCCAGCAAGCGCUGCGGCAGCCAGGCCGCCGGCGUGGCGUGCCCCAACAACUACUGCUGCAGCCAGUCCGGCUACUGCGGGUUAGGCGACGUCUACUGCGGCGCCGGCUGCCAGAGCGGCCCCUGCCAGGCCGGAAUCAGGUGCGGCCAGCAAGCCGGGGGCGAGGUGUGCGCCAACAACUUGUGCUGCAACCGGGACGGGGUCUGCGGCCUCGGCUCGGGUAACUGCGGGUACGGCUGCCAGAGCGGGGCUUGCGUCUCCCUAGGGAUAUGCGGAGCCUGGGGCGUUUGCACCAAUAACUAUUGUUGUGGCAAGCAUGGAUAUUGUGGCCUCGGCGACAUAUAUUGUGGGCAGGGCUGCCAGAGCGGCGCCUGUUAUGCUACUCCAUCUCUCCCAAAAUAAGAUGAUGCAUAUAUACUACUAAUUUUGGUUUUCGUCAAAGUUAAACUUUGUAAACUUCUAUUGAAUAUAUAAAAAAAAUUAUAGCAAUAUCUUUACUA